UCAUGGGUUGGCCUAGCCCAUGGGGCUUUUGUAGGAUUUUUGGUCCUGUGAGAUUCUUUCUUAGGGACCUUUUUUCAAUGUGGGCUUUUUUUCAAACCGUGUGGACUGGGCCAAAUUGACACCUCUAGGUUUAUUUGUAUAAAUUGAUCUUAUUGCUUUUUGUUUUGUGUCCAAUAUUUUGGAGUUUAGUCAAUAGGUAUUGAUUAAGUAUAAAAUUAGCGUUUGUGGCCGAUGAUAGAAAAUCCUGUGAAGGUGUUCUGUGUUCUGGUUCACGCCGCUUAUUCAACUAUCCACUACAGGGGUCUGUUGAAGAUUACAGAGGAGGAGUUUUCAGGGCCUCCAUAUAAUUUUGGAGUAAUGCAGGUGGUGAUUGAGCUGUUUGUUGGACUGCUGCUUUGUUUCUGGGCUGCGCUCACUGUGCCUUGGAAGUUUAAAUCCAUUCACCCUCACUCCGAAGAGAACAGAUUUGUUGCUUAUUCCAUAGGUGUUGAUUUUGGUGCCAUUGGAUCUACCUAUAUUGCUUUCUUUGUCAACAUAUACGCUUCUAGUCCUUUUCUGGGUAGAAAUUUAUCACCAGGCAAGCCAAAUGAUGGAUAGGUUGAAGAUGAAAGCUUAGGCAUGCAGAGAAUAUUUAUAGAGCAUUGGAGAGGGCUUUCAACACGCCAUUGGGAGCUCUGCCUCGUUUUCCUCCAUAUCUCCCUCUAUACGAUAGUAUAUCACUACAAAAAAGGAGACAUUUGAUGCAAAUUGCAAGUGGUUGGUGUCUGAAAAGGUUGGAAAAGUGAAAGUAAACAAACUUGAAAGGAUAAUUUGUUUAGGAUUUAAAAUGUACCUUAAUAAAGUUAGUUGGCCAUCUGUUUUUCUUAAAUUGUUCUGUUUUGGCACUUGUGAACUUGAAGCUCAACUUCACAUGGUUUGACAUGAGGUUUUAGAUUACAUGGUUGCUCUUGUUUUGCUUUUGAGAAAUACGAUACAUUACUAGUAUUUUUAUGUUUUAA